AUGUCAUCAAAUUCCUUCAGAGGUGGAUCAUUUUACAGCGAUGUCGUUCCUUAUCGAUCAAGAGACAGACUCACCGCCAGAAUCCCCGUUGCUCCCACCAAUGAAAUUCAGUUGUGUAUUGAUCCUGUCAUGGAAUUCGAUGAUGAGAUUAUCGGUCUUCAUGGUCAAGUUAGAAGAUUGAGAAAUGUAAUGUAUGCAUCUUUAUAUCUUACUAGGACUAGAAAUGAGUCGAGUCGAGUCGAACUCGCCUCAGCUAGGCUCGACUCGUUAAGAAUUGGUUCAGCUCAAAUCUCGGUUCGAGUUUGA